AUGACCACCGACAUAAACACAACCCCGGAUCCACAUCUCGAGGGUCUUGAACUGGAAGACGAUGUCGACGUAUUUGACGUUGGCAUGUUCGAAGAAGGAGGCGGUCUCCUUCAUACGAAGAACAACCCCAAAGCCCCAUAUCAACGCUCGGAGGUCAUUCAGCGGACAGGCCAUGGCGUCGAUAUUAGAUGCAGCCUCGUCGGCGUCAUCCACGGUGCCAUGUCAGCAGACAGUGAUUACUGGGCGACUUUACUUGUUCUUGAAUUCAGAUUUGACCCUCAGAAGAAAGCGCGCCGCAUUACCAGAGCGACAAUCGAACUCACAUUUGAUGUUACCGACGUCAACAACGAUGUCCCCGAGGUAGAAGCAGUAUCAUUCGACGGCCACUAUAGCUUCCUACCCAGCAAGCAAUCAGAGUCUAUGACCACGGGCGCUGAAGGAGGAAUUGGUACCAGCUUCGGAGCCCAAGCCAAUACCUCACUCAAGUACGAGAAAACAGUCACACGAGAGACCUCACACGCCACUACCAUCAGCGGCAGCAAGCUUGUUGUCAACAACAUACCACCAAACCGCAUUGCUAAAUGGACGCUUUUGGAAAACCCAAGCUUGAAAACAGGCGUCCCCGCUUCUGUCAAGGUGGCCAUCAGGAUUCAACGGCGAGACGAAGCGAUCUUCACUUGUGUGCCGAAACUCACGUGUACGGCGGACAAAUGGACGGAAAUGCGAUCGUUCUUUGGAAGGGUUCCAGAGGACGAUCCUAUACUGCUGAAGCCGGACAUGGAAGCAACCAAGACGCUGAGGGGUUACGAUGCUGAGGAGCUUGGUAGGAUUGACUUGCAGGAGCUUAGCGAUGUGACAUUCACCAAAAUGAUCCUGGAUACUGUGAAAUAA